AUGGCUCCCUCCGAAAGCAACAAGCGUUUGGCUUUGGCCGUCAUUGAUUUCCUGGGCUCCAGCCUGAAAGACGGCACCCUCACCGCCGACGAUGCCGAGUCGAUCGAAAUCGCCCAGUCCUGUAUCGCCGAUACCUUCAAGGUUGACCCUACUGAUGAGGCUGCUGUGAAGGAUGCCGUGGGUGGACAGUCACUGGCUGGAAUCUACAGCGUCUAUGAGAAGCUGCGUGGCAAGUCCGCCCCGCAAUCCACCGGCGCAGCUCAGCCAUCCCAACAGGAGGCCCCCAAGGCCGGUGUGCCCACUCCGGAAUCCGAUAAGUUGAAGUCUGAAGGAAAUGCUCUCAUGUCCAAGAAGGAUUACGCUGGUGCUAUCCAGCAAUACACCAAGGCUCUCGAGAUCGCCCCCGCCAACCCCAUCUACCUUUCUAACCGCGCUGCUGCCUACUCCGCUUCAAGCCAGCAUGAGAAGGCCGCUGAGGAUGCGGAGCUCGCUGCCGCGGCGGACCCCAAGUACUCCAAGGCUUGGAGCCGUCUCGGACUCGCUCGCUUCGACAUGGGAGACUACCAUGCCGCCAAGGAGGCUUAUGAGAAGGGAAUUGAAGCAGAGGGCAACGGUGGCAGUGAGGCCAUGAAGCGUGGCUUGGAGACCUCAAGCCGCAAGUUGGAGGAGGCCACUCGCACCAGCGAGCCCCCAUCUGAGGAGCUCGACACUGCUCCCGGUGCCUCCCGCGGUGGUGCUGGUGGCAUGCCCGACUUGUCUUCAUUGGCUGGCAUGUUCGGCGGCGGCGGUGGCGGCGCUGGUGGCAUGCCCGACCUUAGCUCUAUGAUGAACAACCCCAUGUUCUCCAGCAUGGCACAGAACUUGAUGAGCAAUCCCGAUAUGCUUGGCAACCUGAUGAGCAACCCUCGUCUGCGCCAGAUGGCCGAGAACUUCGGUCAAGGCGGUGGUAUGCCCGACAUGUCCAGCUUGAUGAGCGACCCCAACCUUGCCGAUAUGGCUCGCAACAUGAUGGGCGGCGGCGGCGGUGCUGGUCAAAACCCCAAAUAA